AUGAGCGACAGCGAGAAGGUCAUCACCGACCACCAGCCCAACGACAAUGGCGUCGUGAGGAUUUCGGAUAUGCCUCCGGACCCGGAUGCGCAUCUGAGCGACGAGGAGAAGGCCCGCAUUGAUCGCAAGCUGCUCAUGCGCCUCGACUUUAUCCUGAUACCCUGGCUCUGCGUGCUGUACCUCAUGGCCUUCCUAGACCGUACGAACAUCGGCAAUGCAAAGAUUGCGCACAUGAGCGAGGACCUGCACCUCAAGACGCAGCCCAACGAGUACAACUCGGCGCUGACCAUCUUCUUCGUUUCGUACUCCGUCUUUGAGCCCCUGACCAACGUCCUGCUCAAGAGGCUGCGGCCAUCUAUCUUCAUUCCCAUCAUCAUUAUUCUUUGGGGUGCCUGCAUGCUGGGCAUGGGCUUUGUCAAGAAUUGGUCCGGCCUCAUGGCAGCUCGCUGGUUCCUCGGUCUCACCGAGGCCGGCCUCUUCCCGGGCAUCAGCUACUACCUCUCGUGCUGGUACAAGCGUGACGAGUUUGGUAUUCGAGUUCCUCCCCAACUAACCGCAGACACCUUCCAAUCCCAACAGGCCAUUUUCUUCUCUGCGGCAGCUGUCUCGGGCUCCUUUGGUGGUCUCCUCGCGGCCGCCAUCGAGAAGAUGGACGGCACCGCCAACAUCGCCGGCUGGGCCUGGAUCUUCAUCCUCGAGGGCCUCCUCACCAUGGUCACGGGCUUCAUGUCCUUCUGGCUCGUGCACGACUUCCCCGAUGACGCGCGCUUCCUGUCGCCCGAAGACCGCGCGCGCGUCAUCCGCCGCCUCAAGGAGGACCAGCAGUCGUCGGCCGAGCACGAGGAGUUCAAGAUGUCGUACUUUUGGUCCUCGGUGCGCGACUGGAAGAUGUGGCUCGGCAUGGCCAUCUACAUGGGCUGCGACAUGCCGCUCUACGCCUUCAGCCUCUUCCUGCCCACCAUCAUCAAGACGCUCGGCUGGGGCAACAGCGUCGUCAAGAGCCAGCUCAUGUCGGUGCCGCCCUACGCCUGCGCCGCCGUGCUGACCAUCGCCAUCGGCUACCUCGCCGACCGCACGCGCGCCCGCGGGCUGUGCAACAUCUGCGUCUCGCUGCUGGGCAUCGUCGGCUUCGGCAUGCUCAUCGGCUCACGCGAGCCGGGCGUCCAGUACGCGGGCACCUUCCUCGGCGCGCUGGGCAUCUACCCCUGCAUCGCCAACACCAUCUCGUGGAUGGCCAACAACGUCGAGGGCGUGUACCGCCGCGGCGUCGUGCUGGGCUUCGUCAUCGGCUGGGGCAACCUCAACGGCGUCGUCUCCUCCAACAUCUACUACGGCAGCCCGCCCUUCUACGUCGGCCACGGCGUCGUCCUGGCCUACAUGGCCGUCUUUCUCUUUGGCGGCUCCGUCCUCAUGACGCUGCUGCUGCGGCGCGAGAACGCCGUCCGCGCCCGCGGCGGCCGGGACCACUGGAUCGAGGACAAGAGCCACGAGGAGAUCGAGAUGCUGGGCGACCGCAGGCCCGACUUCCGGUACACGGUUUGA